AUGGCGGAUGCUCGAGUCUGGGGUGAGGGAAGCCGUGAGCAGCAAUACAAGGCUGCCUUCCAGGAGUUUGUAUCGUGGGCUAAAGUCCACAAGAUUCCGCACAGCCAUCCGAGUAUCAGCACGACUAGCGCCGGGAACUACCCGAGCUUCCACUGCAAAGCCUACAAUGGCAGAGUGGUGUUGGCUUGGAUGGCUGGAAAAGUUGUUCAGAAUGUCAACAGCUAUCAUGAUGAGCAGCUGGCAGCAGCAGUGCGGUGGCACCUUGCAGACUGGUUCAAUCUUUCCGAGCGCUCUCCACAGUUCUUAACAGAGGCUCAGGCAGCCCUUAUGAAAGGGGCUUGUGCUGCUUGGCGGAUAUGUGGUUGCUGA